GGUCUCGUUGCUUAAGAUCGAACCAGUAUAUCGACUUGCGUGCUUCAGAAGCUCGACAGCAUGGCCACGGACCAGUCACACAACGGAGGCGCCUCGGACGACGAGACGGACGUCGAUGUACUCGUUGAGCGAGGACAAGAGCUUGUGGACGCCAUCCUGCGGCGGAGACCCCUCACCGAGAUCAAGGCGCUGAUUGCAGCUGGUGCACCGGUCUGGUUUCAAGACGACGAGGGAACGUCCCCAUUGCACGCGGCGGCGUACGUGGAGAACGAGGAGCUCGUCCGCUUCCUGAUUGAUGAGGGCGCUGUAUGGAACGCCGUGGAUAACCUGCACAACACCGCUGGAGACGUUGCGUUGUCAUUGAAUACUGAGAAUUGUUAUAUGAUGAUACGGGAUGCGGGGAUACGGUCAGAGCUGCUACUCCGAUUACUCUCGAAGAACGCCUCCGAGGCGAACUCGCAACUAAGCCUGAUUCUGAAGGCAACAGACACAACACCCGCCGGGUCGACGGACGCGUUCCUGGAUACGAAGCUCGAGUACACUAAGGACGAAAAUGGUCAGGACAUCUGUCUUGUCAAGGUCAGCGAUAACGAAGAGGUCGGCGUUAUGAUGGGAUGGGAGCGCGGCAUAAUGCAGGAAACUGUCCAUAAGCUGUGCUCGGAUCAUCCGGGUCUUCAGAGCGGCCUGAAAAUUCUGAACGUCGGCUUUGGUCUUGGUAUCAUCGACACCCUAUUCCAAAAUCUACCGACAAAGCCGUCGCUCCAUGUCAUCAUCGAACCGCAUCCAGAUGUCUUAAAGCAUAUGCGAGAUCAAGGAUGGUAUGACAAGGAAGGCGUCCAGAUCCUCGAAGGAAAGUGGCAGGAUUUCGUGGAGAGCGAAGAGCUCCUCAGCGUAGGCGGGUUCGAUGUGAUCUACACCGAUACCUUCUCAGAAGACUACGCAGACUUGCACAAAUUCUUCGGACACGUACCAGAUUUACUCGAGGGACCAGACUCUCGGUUUGGCUUCUUCAAUGGCCUCGGUGCAACCAAUGCCACGUUCUACGAUGUUUACAGGCAUGUGUCGGAUCUGCACUUGGCAGAUGUCGGCAUCGAUGUCGAAUGGAGCGACGUCGACGUCUUCGAAGGAGACGUUGAUAGAUGGGGUAAGACGCGGGAGUACUUCGCGAUGCGCACAUAUCGUCUGCCAAUAGGCAAAAUGAAGCUGUUCUAAGGAUGGGUAGGGGGUGUGCCGACCAACGGUUAGGCCGCAGGCCUCAGGACUUGUUGUGCAAGCAUUACGAUGACGUCUCCCCUUAACAGCUUGCCCGAGUCCAACCAAUCAUGUACGUUACUGAAGGAGUUGUGAAAACAAAAU